UAUACCGUACAGAUGUACGACAAGCAGGGACUGCGUCGCUAGGGAAAAAUAUGUGCUAAGUGCGCGGAUAGUUAAAAGAAAUAGCUUAUAUACCAAAAAAACUAGUUAAAAUCGCGUCUGAAAUUAGAGAAAUUACAAUCAGUAGUAUUUAUAAUGAACAUAUACAACAAAUUGCGUCGCAGAGAACAUGGACUGGCCAAUGAGCGUACUUAUGAUUUUGCGCUGAGUCGCCUGUGCGUGUCCAGGCAGGACAGCUGGCGUGGCAUUGCCCCCGCCAACUACAGUCCGGACUUUAACCCAGAGCCGCCCAUCUUCUCGGCCAAGUUCGCCAAUUGCGAUGGAUAUAGACACAUUUUGGCCAUUGCCAACGAGGAUGGCAAGAUUGCACUGCAGGAUACCACAGAACGGAACCAGGAGCCCGAGGAGCAGUCGCUCAGUGCGCCCCAGUGUCAUUUCAAUGCGGUUUUCGAUCUGGAAUGGGCGCCCGGACAGAUGCGCUUUGUGUCCGCCUCCGGCGAUCAUACGGCUCGUCUGUGGGAGGUCGCCGGCUCCGGGAUACGUGGUCUCAAUUCCUAUGUGGGCCACACACGCUCUGUGAAAACAGCCGCAUUUAAGCGCACAGAUCCGGCCGUGUUUGCCACGGGCGGACGCGAUGGCGCCAUUCUCAUCUGGGAUAUUCGCGCCAAUCUCAAUAUGGAUCUGACUUCGCGCGUGGACAAUUGUAUCUACAGCGGCCACACUGGCGGUCCGGGCACGCCCCAAUCUCAGCGGAAACAGCGCACUCGCACGCCCAAAAUGGCCAGCAACAGCAACACCUCGAGCAGCAUUACGGGCUUGGCCUUCCAGGAUAACGAUACGCUCAUCUCGUGCGGCGCCGGCGACGGCGUCAUCAAAGUCUGGGAUCUGCGGCGAAACUAUAGCGCAUACAAAAAGGAGCCGCUGCCGCGUCACAGCUUGCCCUAUGCGGGUCAAUCGACAUUCAAGGGCUUCACCAAUCUCAUUGUGGAUGCGGCGGGCACGCGCCUGUAUGCCAACUGCAUGGACAACACGAUCUACUGCUACAACCUGGUCUCCUAUGCGUCCAAGCCGCUGGCCAGCUAUAAGGGCCUGCUCAACUCGACUUUCUACAUCAAGAGCUGCCUCAGUCCGGACGGCAAAUAUCUGCUGAGCGGCAGCAGUGAUGAGCGCGCCUAUAUCUGGAAUCUGGAUUAUGCGGCUGAGCCGCUGGUCGCAUUGGCGGGCCACACGGUCGAGGUCACGUGCGUCGCCUGGGGCGCCACCCAUGAUCGUCCGAUUGUCACCUGCAGCGACGAUGCCCGCCACAAGAUCUGGCGCAUCGGCCCGCCGCCGGAGACAUUGACAGUUGCCGAGAUUGCGGAGCAAUAUCGCGGCCAGGCGAGCUAUGUACGUCAAUUCAAUAGACUGCAGCCAAAGGCCGCCGCAGCAACACAACACAAAUACAAUCUCAGGGAUUUGGAGUCCACGCCGCGCUCACUGAAACGUCUCAUGGAGAUGAAUGAACGCACGCCCAGCUCGACCAUUAAGCGUUCCUUUCUGGAGAUGCUGGGCGCGACAAGCAGCGAUGCAAACGCGGAGCAGCCGCAACAGAAGCGCACAAAGCCACUCGAGUCGCGGGGUCGACGCUUGUUCGGACCGAGCUGCAGCAGCAGUCAGCAGCUGCCGGCCAUUGGCGAGGAGCAAUCCAACAUGUCCGCCUGCAAUCAGGAGAAUCAGGAGGACAUCUCCCCGCUAGCAGCAGCAGCUAGUCGAUUCCAGCAGCCGUCGCCGCUUGGUGAGCAUCAUCUAAAUCACAUUCCGCCGUAUAUCUCGCCACCGACAACAUCAGCGCAAGCGGCGGCAACGAGCUCCACUUCUUUAAUUUACUCGCCCACCUCGAAUCUGCCCAACUUUGUGCUGGACGGCGAGGCGCCGCAUUUGGGCGUCAUGUCGCCCAAACGCAAAGCCAAAGAGAAGGUCGACUGGCUAACAAAGAUACGCAAACAGAAGCUGAUGUCGAAUAGUCGGGCGACGCUGACGCUCAACGAGAAGAUGAGCAUCGAGGAGGCGCUCGAUAUAAUGGCCUCGCCCCGCCUACAAAGCCUGCGCAACUCCGAAUGCAGUCCCCGCCUCCAGGCCACGCCCAAACGACGCAUUUCACACAACAACGAUAGCGGCGCCUCCGCUCCACACCUGCGCACGCCGACCUCCAGCCGGCGGAACAGUGAGACGACGCUCCUGCGCUUCUUCAGCGUGCAACGCAGCGGCAGUGAUCCUCCUGCUGCUGCUGAAGUUGAUAACAUAGUUGAUGUGGAGCUGCCUGCCAUGUCGCCGCCGCCGCCGCCGCCGCCAGCAACAGCUACGCUGACGCUGAGGACGCCAACGACUGUCGUCGGCAGCGACUGACACAGAGAUCCAUCCCAUAUAUAGUUUUAGCUCGGACAUAGCUUAAGUUAUUUCUAUGUGUUAGGCUAAACAGUUCUUUUUAUCUGCAAGCUAAUCAGCACUCUUCACACUUUUGUACAGUACUAACACAAGAGACUAAAUAUAAUUACACAUAUAUAUAUAUAUAUUUAUAUAUCAAUAGGAUAUUUUACUUUAUAUAUAUACAUAUAUAUCAAUAGGAUAUUUUACUUUAAGCUCUUCGGACAUGCAUGUGCUUUUGGCCUGGGUCAACCUUUACCAAUAAUGACAAUAAAACUGAUUACGUUUUCGAAGGUGUUCUA